CUGCAACAAAGCCAUAACAAUCGCGUUCACACGACAGAUGUCAAUCCACCAGCCAUAUGUAUCAUCCCGCAGGAGUCCCACUCUGGCAUCACAUUACAUGCCGUCGCAUCACUCUGUCAGUCAUCUUCUUCUCCUAUCCCGUCCCGUCAUCGUCCCGCCUUCUCCUCACGCCAUUGUCUUCCUCACCGCCCUUACUCGACAUCUCCUCACACGGCGGUGCGCUGCACGAUGACGCCAUGGACGGCACAACCAUGCCACUGUCCCCAACCCCAACCCCGCCCCUACCCCUGCCGUGCUCUUCGGUGACGGACCUGACAACCUCUGGCCCUCGCUGCCUGUCUUGUGUCCUGUGCGGACCACAGGCCUGCCCCUCACUCACACCCCUCUCCACUGGCUGCACGGCAUUGUUGUUGGCAGUCGCGUUGGCGGGCCCCACCAUCGAUGUGGAGCUUGUUGUCGAGGGCAGCGCGCCGAUGGUCGACACUGUGGUCCUCGUCCCAGACGUGCUGCGAUCGACAGUCACGCCCCGGAUGCCCACGUCUUGGGGCGGAUGCCGUCCCACCACUGGCGUCAUCCCGGGGUGGGGCGGGACGGUCCCCCUGCCUCUCCCCAGCUGAGGCUGUGGGAGGGUGGAUGGGCUGGAAUAUGACGAGGGCGGGGGCGGGAAGGGGGGGCCAGGGGACAUGCAGGGGGGCUGUUGGACUGCAGCAGCAGCAGCAGCAGCAGGGAUGCUGUCCUCCCAUGUCGAUAGGGUGCGUCUGUUGCCGCCGAUGACUUUGGGUGAGUCGAGAGACUCGGUGCGGACAGUCCAGCUGCGGUAAGUGAAUGGCUGCUGGUGUGCCAUGAGGUCUCGUGCGAUGUCGUGGGAGUGGAGGGACGAGGGGGGCAAGGACGAAGAGGGGCAGGGAGAGGGGGAGGGGCAGACAGCGGCGCUCGCCUGAGGGCACGGCUGCUCGCACGCUAGCUCCUCAGGGAACUGACCUGAAUGAAUCAAUGAAUGAGUCCCCCCGGACCCCACACACAUACACAUACAUACCCAUGUAUGUAUGUGCAUCCGGUGCGGGUGGGUGAGUGCAGCUAGCUCGUCAGCUGAGUACUCACUCACUCACCAGUUGGUGGUGUGUCGUUAUCGUCGAGUGGGACGUAUAGUGUGAGGCAGUAGGCGUAGUACAAGACCAUCACGGCCACGACACACACACACAAGUAGGUGGGAAGGGCUAUCGCCCAAUACCUGCAGACAGGACAGAACACCCACACACCACCACAGACAGACAGACAGACAGACAGACAGACGAACAGACAGGUACCUACAUGUGGGUGGGUGACAUGCCUGCUAUCCAUUGCUGCAUUCAUUCAUUCGUCUGUCUGCCUGGCUCUCUCCUCCCUCACUUGCUUGGGUAGACUGUGAUGCCCAGCUGCUCCAGCACACUCUCUGGAAUGAAGGCCCAGCACAGAUACACACCUGCGCGUAUGCAUAACCCACACACCACACCACACACGCACUGAUGAUUGGAUUGGCCGCUGUCUGUCUUUGGCUGGUGAGUGUGUGGUUGGACCGUAAGCGAUGUAUGACAGUAUCCAGAAGACAAAGCCAUACACUUCAGUGGUGAUGUCGGCCAUCAAUCACAUGCUGGGCACUCCACUCGAUGCUGUGCACGCCAUCUCCUCCGCAGCCAGACCCUCUUUCUCCUCGGUCAUCGGCUGGUGGUCAACAACUCAUCUGUUGGUUGAAGCGGAACACGAUUGAGCAGCACCAGGGCGGGCCAAGGGGAUGGCGGGAUCGCGGUGGAACAAGACUUAGG